GAGUCAGAGUCCAGCGGCACCUGCUCCGGGAGCAACACUGACCGGAGUCAGCAUGGCUCUCACAGUGCACCUGAAAACCGUCACCGACCUCCGGGGGAAAGGCGACCGCAUCGCAAAAGUGUCCUUUCGAGGCCUUUCAUUUUACACAAGAGUUCUGGAAAACUGUGAAGAUGAGGCACAAUUUGAUGAGACAUUCCGAUGGCCUGUUGCCAGCAACAUUAAUGGAACUGAAAUGCUGGAGAUCCAAGUUUUCAACUACAGCAAAGUCUUCACAAAUAGGCUAAUUGGGACAUUUGGGAUGGUGUUACAAAAAGUGGUGGAGGAAGGGCAACUGGAGGUGUCAGACACGUUAAUAGAUGACAACAAUACCUCCAUCAGAACCUGUGUCUCCAUUGGGAUAAAGUAUCAGGCAAUAGAUGGUACGGUUGGAGUCUGGAACGAAAAUGACUUCUUCGAAAAUCCAAGCCAAAGAUCAGAGCAAGAGGCUGCCUUUCAUUUUGAAACAGAUAGUUUACUAUCUGAUGGUGGCCAGAGUCAGGGAUCAGGGGCUUCAGCAGGCAGAUCUCACCAUGGCUUGCCCACAGAGGCAAAGACUGGGAAAGGAGUCUUCUCUGGAAUGAAGCUCGGGAAAGCACGCCAUUCCAAAGAUGAUCACAAGAAGGGUCAUGGAGAUGAACCUGCUGUUCUUGAAACAGAAGACCUGGACAGAAAAGGCAAACGGUUUGGAGGAGUGGACCCUGACUCAAUCUCACUGGCGUCUGUCACUGCAGUCACUACCAAUGUUUCAAACAAGAGAUCAAAGCCUGACAUCAAAAUGGAACCCAGUGCAGGCAGACCUCAAGAUUACCAAGUGAGUAUUACAAUUAUCGAAGCAAGGCAGCUAGUGGGAUUGAACAUGGAUCCAGUGGUUUGUGUUGAGAUUGGGGAUGAGAAGAAAUAUACAAGCAUGAAGGAGUCAACAAAUUGUCCCUACUACAAUGAGUACUUCGUCUUUGACUUCCAUGUGUCUCCAGAUGUCAUGUUCGAUAAAAUAGUCAAACUCUCGGUAAUUCAUUCCAAGAACCUCCUGCGAAGUGGGACAUUGGUAGGCGUGUUCAAACUUGAUAUAGGAACCAUCUACUCUCAACCAGAACAUCAGUUCUACCAUAAGUGGGCGAUACUCUGCGACCCUGGUGACAUCACUGCUGGGGUGAAAGGUUACGUAAAGUGUGACAUUGCUGUGGUUGGAAAAGGAGAUAAUAUUAAGACACCACAUAAAUCCAACGAGACUGAUGAAGAUGACAUAGAAGGGAACUUGCUGCUUCCCGAAGGAGUGCCCCCAGAGAGGCAAUGGGCUCGGUAUUAUGUCAAGAUCUACAAAGCAGAGGGACUGCCAAAGAUGAACACCAGCAUAAUGGCUAAUAUGAAAAAGGCACUCAUUGGAGAAAACAAAGACUUAGUUGAUCCUUUUGUUCUAGUGUUAUUUGCAGGACAGAAGGGAAAGACCACUGUCCAAAAAAACACCUAUGAACCAACAUGGAAUGAACAAAUCAUAUUUACUGAAAUGUUUCCACCCCUCUGCACACGAAUUAAGAUCCAAAUCCGUGAUUCAGACAAAGUGAAUGAGGUGGCGAUAGGGAGCCAUUUUGUUGACCUGAGGAAGAUUGCAAAUGAUGGAGAUAAAGGAUUUCUGCCCACUUUUGGGCCUUCCUGGGUGAAUAUGUAUGGCUCCACUCGUAACUACACAUUAAUGGAUGAACAUCAAGAUUUAAAUGAAGGUCUUGGUGAGGGUGUUUCAUUCAGAGCUCGAUUACUUCUCAGUAUUGGCAUGGAAAUCUUGGACACAACCUCAACAGAAAUAAUGAGCUCCACUGAAGUUCAAGUUGAGUCAAUACAACAGUUAUCAGAUACCUCUACAGGAAGAAUUGAGGAGUUUUUCCUCUUUGGUGCCUUCUUAGAAGCAACAAUGCUCGACAGGAGAAUUGGAGAUAAACCAGUCAAUUUUGAGGUUACAAUAGGUAAUUAUGGAAACCAAAUUGAUGGAUUAAGCAAGCCAACUAUUCAUAAAAAAAGAGGUGGGGGAGAUGGUGAUGAGGAAGAGUCAGAGCUUCUCCAAAACUCCAGUGAAGAUGAAGCAGAUGAUGAUGGGGACUUAGUUUCUGUAUCCUGCACACCACCAAUGAAACCUGUGAUUACUGACAGAAAUUAUUUCCAUCUACCGUACUUUGAAAAGAAACCUUGCACAUACAUCAAAAGCUGGUGGCAAGACCAUCGAAGGCGACUUUACAAUGCCAAUAUCAUGGACAAGAUUGCAGAUAAACUGGAGGAAGGUUUAAAUGAUGUACAGGAGAUCAUCAAGACAGAAAAGGCACACCCAGAGCGACGGCUCCGAGGCGUCUUGGAGGAGUUGAGCAAUGGAUGCACCCGUUUUGUGUCUCUGGGAAAUAAGGAUCAAAAUGCAUUGGGGAGGACAAAGUUGGACAGAGAGCGGCUGAAGACCUGCAUAAGGGAGAUGGAGAACAUGGCACAACAAGCAAAGACGAUGCGAACCCAGGUGAAGAAAAAUACAUUCAAGGACAAAAUGAAGCAAGUUCAGAGUUUUCUGCAUAAACUCCGCUUUAUGACUGAGGAACCUCAGCACAGCAUUCCCGACAUUUUCAUCUGGAUGUUGAGCAACAACAAAAGGAUGGCGUAUGCUCGAAUUCAAUCCAAAGAUAUUCUGUACUCAGUAGUGGAUGAAGAAACAGGCAAAGACUGUGGAAAAGUUAAGACAGUCUUUCUAAAGCUUCCUGGAAAGAAAGGCUUUGGCACUGCAGGUUGGACAGUUCAGUGUAAAAUAGAGGCCUACUUUUGGCUUGGCCUGAACAAGCAGAGGAAGGAUUUCCUGAGUGGCCUUCCCAGUGGAUAUGAAGAGAACAAAGCAGUAAAGGGUCCAGGAACACAGUCAAUCCCUCCUAUAAGUCUGACCUACAUCAAAAAACAGCUUUUCCAGCUGCGAGUUCACAUGUACCAAGCACGAAGCCUGUGUGCAGCAGACAGCAGUGGUCUCUCCGAUCCAUUCGCACGUGUCUUCUUCUCCACCCAGAGCCAGUGCACUGAGGUUUUACAGGAGACACUUUGCCCAACAUGGGACCAGCUGCUAGUGUUUGACAACAUUGAGUUGUAUGGUGAAGCACAGGAACUGAGAGAUGACCCUCCGAUUGUGGUCAUUGAAAUUUAUGACCAGGACACUGUGGGAAAAGCAGAAUAUAUUGGUAGAACCUUUUCAAAGCCUGUGGUGAAAAUGGCAGAAGAGGAGUACAGCCCUCCUCGAUUCCCUCCUCAAUUGGAGUAUUAUCAGAUCUAUCGAGGGAAUUCAACAGCUGGGGACCUCCUUGCUGCUUUUGAGCUCCUGCAGAUUCCUCCUUCUGGGAAGCACAAUCUGCCACCAAUUGAUGGUCCAACAGAUCCUGACCGUGGUCCAAUUCUUCCUGUUCCAAAGGGGAUCCGCCCAGUAUUAAGCAAGUACAGAAUUGAGAUUCUCUUCUGGGGGCUCAGAGAUCUUAAGCGUGUGAACCUGGCGCAGGUUGAUAGACCACGAGUUGACAUUGAAUGUGCUGGAAAGGGUGUACAGUCUGCGGUCAUUCAAAACUACAAGAAAAACCCAAAUUUUAGCACUUUAGUCAAGUAUUUUGAAGUGGAUUUACCAGAGAAUGAAUUGCUUCACCCUCCCCUUAAUAUCCGAGUGGUGGACUGCCGUGCGUUUGGCAGAUACACAUUAGUUGGCUCACAUGCUGUUGGCUCCUUAAGGAAAUUCAUCUACAGACCACCUGACAGCGCAGUUCAGAACUGGGCAAAUGCAGGCGAUAUCAACAUUAACAUGGAAACAGAGGUUCCAGUGAAGAAAAUAGAAACUGUGGUCAAGCUGGAUGCUAACUCUGAUGCUGUUGUCAAACUUGAUGUGAAUGAAGAUGAGAAAUUGAAAAAGAAGAAGAAAAAGAAAGGAGAGGAAAUAGAAGAGGAGGAGCCAGAUGAAAGCAUGUUGGACUGGUGGUCAAAAUAUUUUGCCUCCAUUGAAACUCUCGUGGAGCAACUCCGACAGCAGGAAGCAGCUGCAGCCGAGGCAGAAGAGAAGGAAGAUAUGGAGAUAGCAGCAGAGGAGAUCAAAACUGAUGACUCUCCCAUGAAAGGCACAAAACCAUCCAAGGGUAAAGACAAGGCCAAGGGUCAGGAGAAAGAGAAGAAGAAAAAGCAGUUGGAACUAGUUGAAAAGAAGGACAAAGUGAAAAUUGAUGAAUUACACGUUUACCACAAAGAAUUGGAAACUGAGUUUGGAAAUUUUGAAGACUGGUUACACACAUUUAAUCUUUAUCGAGGUAAAAUCGGAGAUGAUGAUGACAGUACAACAGACGAUGAACGAAUUGUUGGCCGCUUUAAAGGCUCUGUCUGUGUGUACAAGGUACCUCUACCAGAUGAUAUUGCUCGGGAAGCAGGUUAUGAACCCACAUUUGGAAUGUUCCAGGGUAUCCCAAGCAAUGAUCUCAUCAAUGUUUUGGUCAGAGUGUAUGUAGUAAGGGCUACAGACUUACAUCCAGCUGAUAUCAAUGGCAAAGCAGACCCAUAUAUUGUCAUAAAACUCGGCAAAACAGAAAUCAGGGACAAGGAGAACUAUAUCUCCAAGCAACUUAAUCCUGUCUUUGGCAAAUCGUUUGACAUUGAUGCCACAUUUCCAAUGGAGUCCAUGCUGACAGUGGCCAUAUUUGACUGGGAUUUAGUGGGUACAGAUGAUCUAAUUGGAGAAACGAAAAUUGAUCUGGAGAAUCGCUUCUACAGCAAACACAGAGCAACCUGUGGCAUCUCACAGCAAUAUUCAGUUCAUGGAUACAAUGUCUGGAGAGAUCCAAUGACCCCAACUCAGAUACUAACAAAACUUUGCAAAGAAGGCAAAGUAGACGGGCCUCACUUCGGUCCUGGAGGAAGAGUAAAGGUCGCCAACAGAGUCUUUACGGGCCCAACAGAGAUUGAGGAUGAAAAUGGAGUGAAGAAGGAGACUGAUGAACACUUGUCCCUGAUUGUCCUCCAGCACUGGGAGCAGGUGCCACGGGUCGGCUGCAAGUUAGUUCCAGAACAUGUGGAAACAAGGCCUCUGCUGAACCCUGAGAAACCAGGCAUUGAGCAGGGUCGCAUUGAACUGUUUGUCGAUAUGUUUCCAAAGGACCAGCCUGCUCCAGGAGCAGCAAUUGAUAUAUCACCAAGGAAGCCAAAGAAAUAUGAGCUUAGACUGAUAGUUUGGAAUACAGAUGAGGUUAUCUUGGAAGACGAUGAUUACUUCACUGGAGAGAAAUCUAGUGACAUUUUUGUCAGGGGCUGGCUGAAAGGGCAGCAGGAAGACAAGCAGGACACUGACGUGCACUAUCAUUCACUGACUGGCGAAGGCAACUUCAACUGGCGGUUCAUCUUCCCAUUUGAUUAUCUAAUGGCUGAGGAGAAGAUCGUCAUGUCCAAAAAGGAAUCCAUGUUUUCCUGGGAUGAGACAGAGUACAAGAUACCAGCACGUCUAACUCUGCAAGUCUGGGAUGCUGACCACUUCUCAGCUGAUGACUUCCUUGGUGCAAUUGAAUUGGAUCUGAACAGGUUUACCCGAGGAGCAAAAACAGCCAAGCUCUGUACAAUUGAAAUGGCUACAGAUGAAUCUUCAUUUCCCAUGGUCUCCAUCUUUAAGCAGAAGAGGGUGAAGGGUUGGUGGCCAUUUGUUGCCAGAAAUGAAAAUGAUGAAAUGGAGCUUACGGGUAAGGUGGAGGCCGAGCUGCACUUGUUGACGGCAGAGGAAGCUGAGAAAAGUCCUGCAGGCCUGGCUCGAAAUGAGCCAGAACCACUGGAGAAACCAAAUCGUCCUGACACAAGCUUUAUCUGGUUCAUGAAUCCUCUAAAGUCAAUCAGAUACUUCAUCUGGCAUAAUUAUCGAUGGCUACUUUUGAAGAUCAUUGCCCUUGUGCUUCUUCUCCUUCUGUUUGGCCUCUUCCUUUACUCGAUGCCUGGUUACAUGGUCAAGAAAAUGCUUGGAGCAUAGCGAUCCCAAAAUGGUAGGAGGUUGUUUUGUGAACCGGAAGUCCAGAGCAGGUGGUGCUCCCCCCAGGGUCUAUUGACUUUCUCAUAUCUACUAAUGACCUUGCUCUAAAUGCACGUUGCAGGGUUAGUAAGUUUGCAAAUGUCACCAAAAUAAGUAGUUUUGUAUCAGAAUUUUCAGAGGGAUAUGGUUCAGCUAGGUAUGCCACUUACCGUUGACAGUUAAGUGCAUAUAUAUCAUUCACUACUAAAUUCUGUCUUUUGUAUUUCUUUAUUGCUGCUGUGGACAGUCGACCAGACACAUCUUUUAUAUGGUUUCUCAACCCAUUGAAAUCCAUCAAAUACCUCAUCUGCAACAGAUAUAAGUGGCUAAUUGUGAAGAUUGUCCUGGCUUUGCUAUUGGUGAUCAUGAUAGGC